AUGGCCCGCCCGCCCUGGGGACCUCGGCGGGCCCCAGCGGCCCGGCCGCCCCGGGGACCUUCCUCGGCGGGCCCAGUGGCCCGGCCGCCCGGGGACCUCGGCGGGCCCAGUGGCCCGGCCGCCCCGGGGACCUCGGAGCGCCCAAGUGGCCCGGCCGCCCCGCGAGGACCUCGGCGGGCCGAGCUGGCCCGGCCGCCCCGGGACCUCGGACGGGCCGACUGGCCCGCCUGCCCCGGGACCUCGGCGAGCCCUGCCCGCCCCGGGACCUCGGCGGGCCGACUGGCCCGCCUGCCCCGGGGACCUCGGCGAGCGCCCGCCCGGGGACCUCGGCGGCCCAGUGGCCCUCCCGCCCCGGGGACCUCGGCGGGCCAACUGGCCCGCCCGCCCCAGGGACCUCGGCGGGCCGACUGGCCCGCCCGCACCGGAGACCUGGCGGCCGGGCCGACUGGCCCCGCCCGACCCGUCCUCGGUGGGCCCAGUGGCACGCCCGCCACGGGGACCUCGGCGGGCCCAGUGGCCUGCCCGCCCCGGGGACCUCGGCGGGUCCAGUGGCACCGCCCGCCCCACGGACCUCAGCGGGUCCAGUGGCCCGCCCGCGCCCCGACCUCGGCGGGCGACUCUGGCCCGCCCGCCCCGGGGACCCAGGCCCUAUCUGUGGCCUUUUUCAAGAGAUCUGUAGGUUGUCAGCCUGGGUCAAGGCCCAGCAGUCUUUGGCCAGAAUACUGCUGGGGCUUGAAAAAGGGCCACAGAGAGGGACUGAAAGUACUCGAGUUCUGA